AGGCCGUGUAUAAAGGAGGCACCUGUCCACCGCUGGAGGAUGCGGAGGAGCCAGACUGGAGCCCGGCGACAUGAGCCCAAACGGCUGCGUGAGCUGCUUCUCGCUGCUUCUGAUGCUCAACGCGGUCGGAGCCAAACCUGUGUCUGAGUUACAGGCUUUGAAGCAGCUCCUGGAGGAGCAGAUCAACGCGGCGCCGUUCGACUCGUCGUCGGAGGCGCAGGUGAGACGCAGGGACGAUGGAGCCCAGGCGGCGUUCGGAACCGCGGAGGAGCAGCCGUGGGAAGCGUCCGAACCGAGCCACCCGGAAAACGUCCUGGCGCGUCUCCUCCAGGACCUGAUGAGAACCACCAAGCGCUCCUGGAACCGGCACAAGAAGGGCGCGCUGCGGAGCUGCUUCGGGGUCCGGUUGGAGCGGAUCGGGUCGUUCAGCGGGCUGGGCUGCUGAGGUGAGCUUCUCCGGUUCUGCACAUCGGCUGCCCUCGCUCAGAGCUUUGACUGACACUUUAAAGGACUCUGCUUCAGUCUCUUCUGUCCUGUGUCCUGUGAUUGAUGUGAGAUGUUCAGGAUAAUAACCUAUUGUAAAAGUAUUUAUUAUUUAUUAUGUCAUUGGAUGUAGAUGUUAUUGCACUGUAGUAAAAUACUUAUUUUGCAUA